AUGAAUAGGGAAAAUACUCGAACCGUAAAAGCUAAACGUGCGGUUUAUGUAUGUACAGAUACAAUUGAUGAACGAAAUAUUCUAAUUGAGACUGUUUAUCCUAAAUUAGAAGAUUACUGUCAUAAAGCAUAUGGCUCUGAAUUUCAGUAUUCUGAUAUGAGAUGGGGUGUUCAAAAUAUCGCAUUGGACGAUCAUUCAACGGUCGACGUGUGCCUGCAAGAAUUAGAUCGAUGUUGCAAACUAUCAUUAGCAACAAAUUGCAUCAUAUUAUUGAGCCAUCGUUAUGGCAGUCGAAUGCUUCCAGCCAUUAUUUCAAAACACAUAUUCGAUCCAUUGAGAGAAGCAGCAACUGCUGACAACAAUUUUUUACUCGAUGAAUGGUAUCAACUGGACGAAAAUCCGUUGGAACCAGUCUAUGUGUUACAGCCUAUUAGUAGUAUAUUACCAUCACAUGAUGAACAGAAAAAUUGGAAUAAAAUUCAAGAAACCAUGCUCACAUCACUGAGAAAAGCAGCUAAUAUUUGUUUGCAACAGAAGACGAUCACUCAAGACGAGCAUGAUGAUUUCUUCAUAUCAGUUACUGCUAAAGAGAUUUAUCGAGCAAUUAUUAAUAAUAAAACGGCUUAUCAGACUAAUCGAAUACUUUGUUUCAUGCGUGAUAUAAUCGAUAUUGAAGAUCAUUUAUCGGAUAAACACGUGUCGAAAUAUACUGAACUUGAACAAGAACCAAAACAACUAUUAUAUGAAUUGAAAAAAGUGCUUCAAACAACACUAGAUCCAUCCAAUAUUAAGAUUUUCAAAGUUAAAUGGGCCAAUUUAAAAAAUCGAGAGAAUUAUUUACAAUAUUUUGCUGAUGAGUUUUAUGCUACGUUAAAAACUCAGAUUGAUCAAUGUCUGCUUCAACUACAAAAUCAAGUGAAGCAAUCAUUGACCGAUUCGUUGGACGCAGAAAUAUUAGAGCAUGCUAUCGAAUGUAAGACACUAGUAUCACGUUUCUACGAGAGAAACGAUAUUUUGGAAAAGAUAAAGCAUUUCAUUCAAUCCGAUGAGACGAGACCGUGUGUAAUCUAUGGAGAAAGUGGCUGUGGAAAAUCUUCGAUUAUGGCUAAAGUGGCCAUUCAAGCUUCACAAUGGUAUUCGAAUCCGUCAUCCGUCUCAGUUAUAAUUCGUUUUUUCGGCUUCACACCAUCCUCAUCGGACAUACGUAAACCAUUGCUGAACGUCACCCAACAAAUUAUCAAAAUAUUUGGCAUUGCCAAUAUUCAAAUACGAGACGGUGAUUCUCAACAACUAAAGGAGCAGCUAGAACGCGUAGCAGAACUAAUACCGUUGGAUAAACAACUCGUUCUGCUAUUUGACUCUAUUGAUCAACUGCAAAUAACUGACUGUGACUGCAAAUGGUUACCGCUCUCAUUUCCAUCGAAUGUAAAAUGCAUUCUAUCUACUAUACCGAAGAUUGAGGCCAAUGACAAGGAAAUCGAUAUUCUGUUGGCAUUAAAAGAUUUGUUGAACGAUAAGCCCCAUUUAUUUGUGGAAAUACCGAAAUUAGAAAAACAGACGGCUUUAGCCACCUUCGACUCUUGGCUGAAGAAAGAUAAACGACGGUUAACAUCGAUCCAAAACGAAUGGGUUAAAGAUAGAAUGGACCAGCUGUAUUCUCUAACACCGUUAGUUCUCUCGUUGAUUUACGAUUUGACUCUCAGCUGGCAUUCAUAUGAUAAAAAGAUCAAUAAAGAAUUUAAUUCAAUAAAACAAACACGAGAUGCUAUUAAAUAUCUGUAUGAUACAAUGGGGACAAAGCAUGGAGAAGUACUGUUCAGGCGUUCUAUACGAUACAUCCAACUGUUUGGCGGUGUGAGCAAGAACGAGUUGGAAGAUGUAUUGAGUAUCGAUGAUGACGUAUUACAAAGUGUGUUUCAACACUAUCUUCCACCGAUUAACGUAUUUAGGCUACCGGGAACACUGUGGACCAGAAUUCAGAAUGAUCUGAACAAAUAUUUGGUUGAGAGAGAUAUCGACGGAAUACCGUGCAUUUACUUUUACCAUCGAAGUUUUCAAGAGUACAAACCAAAAGAUGUCGGUAAACUCGUAUUGGAUACUAAUGAACAAGCUUUAUUGGAGAAAAAUCGAAUUGAACUGUAUGCCGACUGCUGGAAUGGUGGACAACUGAAACCGUAUCAAGUAUUAUCGAAACUGGUUGCAAAAUAUCAUUUAUCCGUGUCUACAAUUCAAACAAAUCGUGUGGUGAGCUCCCAAGGACCACUCAUUCUCGAUAGAAAGAAAAAGUUGUACAAUAAACGAAAAAUUGAUCAACUUAUUUUGAACAUUGCGCGAUAUGAGGCCGCUCAUCCACAUACAAUUUACAACUACACCUUUAUGCGUGCCUAUCUCAGCUAUUAUAAACUGGACGAUUUACUCAAGACAUUUUCAAUGAGGCCUCUCGAUUCGUCGGGGAAACUGACCGCUUUGCUUAUAAUAUUCGAAAUGUUACGAGAAAAGUUAAAUAAAUAUCCGGAUAAUUAUGCAUUCGAACUGAGCGCACUUGAGCAAGAAGACAGUGGGAAACAUGAUUCUGUCUUGACGUUCCCCUAUCCACAAGCUACACGCGCUCCCUGCGAUUGCGAAAAUAAAACAUUUCGAAUCGAUGAUAACUAUGUGCCAGAAAUAUUUGAUGCUAUUAAAAUUCCAGGCACGUACACCUUUGUCCACACAAAGUAUGAGAAUAAUUUUAGAGGAGAUAAUUAUUUACUUUGUACGAAUGAGCGAACAAUUUAUAUAUAUGAAUGGAAAUGUGAACAACUAAAUGAAAAUGAUGACAAUACAUACAUACAUGGUUACUGUCUGUUAUCAAAAUUUGACAUCGAUUUAACAGCUGCAACAAUAUCAAGUGCCGUGUUUAGAAUUGAUCAUCGUGAUGGUAUCACAAUAUUUUGUGCUUUAACCAAUGGUGAAUUGCGCAAAUACAAUGGGACAAUGAUAACAUUUCCCGUGAGUGAGUAUCAUCCAGUUCAGAUUGACAGUCUGAUCUCACAUUUAUCUCUUCAAAACGACAAUGCAAUCACGUUAGAUAUAUCAAAACUUCAAUUGACUGUUUGGUCAUUUAUCGAUGAAUUGAGUAUUAGAAAGAUAAUUGCAUUAGAUAAUGUGAUCGUUCACUGGAACAGACACAUACGAAUUUGGAAUAUGAAUGAUGCCGAUAAGGAACCAAUAAACGUUGGCUAUGCUGAUUUGUACACAAUCAGUAGUACUUGUUUAGUGAAAUACAAAGCGUCUACAAAUUCAAUAACAUUGUACAAUAUGGUUUACAAAUUAAAAGGGAUCAUAACACUUAAAUAUAAAUGUGAUCAUUUAUGUUUGAAUGAAAGUGGUGAAUAUGUAUUUAUUACGAAUAUGGAACAUUCUCUACUCUAUAUGUAUCGAGUUGACGAUGGAACACAAGUAGGAAAAUUAUUCAUCGAAAACAUGACCGGUGAGAUCCAGGCGAGUCGAGAUUAUCUUCUACUAAGUUUAACAAAUCCAAAUAGACUCUACGUUUUAAUGAUUAGUAAUUCAAAACAGCAACGACCGAACAGACGUAAGGAGGACGUUAAAUGUGAUCUCUUGGAGACGAACGAGUGGAUGGACUAUCAUAAAGAUAACUGUCAAUGGAUUACUUGUUAA